AUGUUAGCGUUGAAGAGAUUGGCUGUUCACUGUAAUUACAGUGAACUUUUGGACGAGCGUUACAAGACCGAUUUGUUUGCAGACAAACCCAAGAUUCAAAACAAACUAUUGAACAUGGAGGACCUGAUGUUUGAGAGAGCUUGUAGGAUUGCCAAGGCUAUGGAGAUGGCUGAAAAAAACACACAGGAGUUUCACGCUACCAUCAGUGAAAGCCCUCAAGUCAACCAGUUGACUAUGCAGGAUAACAAAACCACUAAUCAUGAACAACGUUUUAGGUGUGGUGGUAAUAAUCAUUCAGGUCAGUCUUGUAAAUUUAAGUCUGCAAAGUGUUAUCAGUGUUCUAAGAUUGAUCAUCUAGGAUGUCUGUUGUAGCAAAAGUGAGUGGAAGAAGGGCACGGUCCAUAACUUGCAUGUUUCUGAAUCAAGUGAUAAUGAAUUAGGAAUUUACUCAUCGUAUUCGCUCAACACAAACAGGCCUAGUCCCGGUGGUUAUUCGGUAGAAAUGUUGAUCAAUGGGAAACCAUGUAAAAUGGAGGUAGAUACUGCUGUGGACUGUUCCAUAACAGCACACAGUGUAUAUCUGGAGAAGUUUGCAGACACGCCCUUAACUCAAUCUAAUCUCUUUGUCAUUUCGCUUUUUUUAGCCUAAAACUAUGAUUAGUACGACUAUCUAAUAUACUUAUUUUAAGAAUUACUGUAGCUCUGCCAUUGAUUUUCCCAUGUGUAAUUAUGAUAAUAUUUUGUUCUAAUUAUCUAACUGAGGGAGCCCAUUCCUUAUAAGUGCGGUGGCUUCUCUUGGGCUUCCUCGCCAUGAGAGUUUAAAUAAUAAGAUUUUAUUUGAUUUGUACAAUUUUUUGGCAAACAAAACAAUAAACAAUAAACAAGGUAGUACUUCGUACGUACACUGGUGAAGUGCUUGAGGAGUCGGGUGAAAUGCAGUGCAAUGUUAUUUAUAAACAUAAACACUAUUCACUACCAGUAGUUGUAGGUAAUUAG